GACCCUGUGUGCGGUUUGUUCUUCGUUAGAGGUUGCGCUAAGUUACGUGAUUGUUGCCUUUAACUUUGAGCUCGUGCACGGAUAAUGAAAGCAGUUUAAUAAUUAAACGCUUUAUGUUCUGAAGGAUAACAACAACAUGGAAGCGGUGAAAGCUUUCAACAUUGAGAUGGCGUCCAUGCUGGACACGAAGCCGCCGAUCUCUCGAGCGAAAAUGAUGUCCAUUACCAAAGCUGGGAUGAAAGCGAUUAAGCUUUAUAAACACGUUGUCCAAAUCAUCGAGAAGUUCAUCAAGAAGUGUAAUCCCGAGCUGAAGGUCCCCGGUCUCUACGUGGUGGAUUCGAUUAUCCGACAGUCCCGUCAUCAGUUCGGAGAAGAUAAAGACGUGUUCGGGCCGAGGUUCCUGAAGAACAUCAGCGCCACCUUUCAGAGCCUUUACGAAUGUCCUCCUGAUGAUAAGGAUAAGAUCCUGCGUGUGUUGAGUCUGUGGCAGAAGAACUCGGUGUUCAGUAUGGACGUCAUUCAGCCGCUGAUGGACAUGGCGUCGGCUCCGGUGGUGGCUGUUAUGGAGAAUGGUGGUACGCUGGGAGGUUCUCCAGCCGAAGCAGUGUGUGUUCAGCCAACGCCAGAACCGUCCACACUUCCUGUAUCUCAGAACGCAGCAGAUCAGCAGAACAACGUGACGCUCGCUGCUGUGGCUCAGUUUCUCCAGUCUGCUCAGGGCCUCGACCUCCAGCAGAUUCUGCGGACUCUCCAGCAGGGAGGAGCUACACAGGCUAACACGGCUAACAGCGCUAGCACGGCUAACACGGCUAACAUGGCUAACACUGCUCCUGCCCAACAGAAUAGCUCAAUCUCUAAGGUGCUGCAGGACCGAUUCGAAUAUGAUGAGGAACCAGAUGUCGAGGAACCACAGCAGAUGGAAAGGUUUCCCGCUUCCUCCAUAAAACUUGCAGAUCUGCAGCACGCUCUUCAGGGUCGCCACCUUUCCAACCAGGCGCUUCCUCUCACGCAGAUUGAACAAAUUGUGACCAAACCUGAUAACACCACCACUCGCGCCAUCGCAGAACCCCACACGGCUGAAUCAGGUCACUCCAGGAGAGAUGACCGAGAGAGGAGGUACAGCAGGAGGUCACGGUCAAGGUCACCCAGGCGGCGCUCGUCGUCUCGUUCUCGAUCUCACUCGCGACAUUCGCGGUACCGGCGCUCUCGCUCUCGUUCCCGCGAGCGUCGGAGGAGUCCGCCGAGAUCACGCGCCGAGGACAGGCGAGAGAUGGAGAGGAGAAAUAAAGGAUUCCCGCCUGUGAAGAGAGAGACUCUGAGCGUGUGCAGCACGACUCUGUGGCUCGGGCAGCUGGAUAAGAAAACGCAGCAGCAGGACGUCAGCAGUCUGAUGGAGGAGUUCGGCCAGAUCGAGUCCAUCAACAUGAUCCCUCCCAGAGGCUGCGCCUACAUCGUCAUGGUUCACAGACAGGACGCCUACACCGCGCUGAAUAAACUGAGCCGAGGAAACGCCAAGAUCAACCACAAAUCCUUCAAGAUUGCGUGGGCGAUGAACAAAGGUGUCGGAGGUCGCUUUAAGAAGCACUGGAACAUGGAGCUGGGCGUGACCUACAUCCCCUGGGAGAAGCUGAAGGACGCGGAGAUCGUGGGUUUGCGGGAGGGAGCAGUGCUCGACCAGGAAACACUCAAACCAGAGUGGGCCUCGAUGCUUGCCGAGCUUGUUAAACCCGUCGGAGACGGCGGCGAGGGACCUGAACGAGAACGCGAGGGCGGAGCUGCAGUCGCGUCACAGGUGUCUGCUGUAAGCACAGAGUCUGGCGUCGAGCGCACACACACCCUGCCAGUCGACCCUGUGGAGCCUCCGUCAGAAAAUUCCAUCAGCGGUCCUGGAAACCAGACAGGACCGUUACCUCUAAAUCAUCCUCCGGUUCCAUUUAUGCCUCCGUUUCCUAACGUCCUGCGUCCUCCACCCAAUCUGCCUCCUCCCAAUGUGCCCAGGGCUCCCAUGUUCAGGAUCAGGUUGCCCAUGCCGGGUCCAAGCGAUCCCGCUGAAGAGUUUCCACAUCCGGGCAUCAUGGAAGCUGAGCGCUGGAACGACAGGCCUUUCAGGAACGACUGGCAGGAAAACGGACCGCCCAGAGGACCCCCCGAGUGGUCCGGCCCGGAGCCUCCGUUCAGGCACAGCGGGUGGAGCAGAGGAGGUCACUGGGGUCACGGACAAUUCAGAAACUGAUUAAAAAAAAAAAAAAACUUAAAGUAUUUAAGACUAACAAAAACUCACAUCAACUCAGCUUUCAAAAAAUUAACCAAAAUGUUACAGGAUCUUAAAAAAAUCCACAAAUUUAUUCAUUUUUUUUUUUUUUUAAAUUCUAUACUUUCAAAAGAAAUUCCCCAAAUUCGACAAAAUUCUCAUUAUUCUCUAAACAUCACAAUUACAACAGAACUCUUACCCAAAAAAAUAAAUCAGCAAAAUUACCAAAACAAUCUUCAGAGAAAUCCACAAAAUUGCUUGAAUUUAUAUUUUUUAAUUAAAAUAAAAAAGUCUAUGAAUUACAUUUAUAGACAAGGGUCUAUAAAAAAUUCUCCAAAUUUCUUAAACAAAUGAAAAAAAUGGGAACGUUUCCAAACUGUUACUGAACCUUCCAAAAAAAUCCACAAAACUUAUUUUUAUAAAUUCCAUGAAUUUCAAAAACCCUAAAAUCUCUUUAAAAAGUCGUUGCACACUGUAACCAAAUUUCAAAGAAAACCUCCACUAUGACACUAAUACAGACCAGUCCACAAAUUCCAUGAAAUUGUCCCAAAAUUUCUCUAAAUUCCAGAAAUUUUUUGUUUCUUAGAAGUUUGAUUUCAUUACACUUUUUGAGAUAUUGAAUAUGAAACAAGUAAAAGUAAAGGAGUUGUUCUGAGCUCAGGACUGUUCGAUUAAUCUGAUUGUCUGUCCUCAAUGUUUGUUGUGCAAUUUUUUCAUUUCAUUCGAAAUUUGUAAAAAUCUGAUGGUUUUAAUCUGACUUUCAAUGAAAUGCGAAGAACUUUUUUUUUUUCGUAGUCAUACUAUAGUGAGGAGUCACGACAUCCCAUAAUGCACUGGGAGAAGGUUAGUGUCCAAUCGAUCUCUACAGAAACCCAUCAUGCAUCAUCGGGAGGAGGGUGUGGUUUCAGACUCGGGGUUGAUGGUAACACAGUGUGUCUGAUUAUUGUUCAGAACAUUUGUGUAAAUGUUCUGUUCCUGUUUUUGGAGGAUUUGUAUAUUUUGGAGUUUUGCUGUAAAAGCAUUUGACGCUCUCACUGUAAAUUUUAGUAAACUAAUUUUCUAUCAA